CUCACACCCAGCCUCACUGCCUCAUCACCUGGAAGCCAGGGCACUGACAGGGCUGGCUCCCAUACUCACGAUGCCUUGGCUGAGGGAGCACAGGGGAUGCUGAGCCCGCGCCUGCCAGCCGCAGGAAGGAGGAAGGUGAGCACCCUGCAGCAGCCACUGUCCUGGGCUCUCCCUCUGCUGUGAGUCCUCUGGGGGGGUCUUUGGGCCGGGAAUUGGGAGUCGAGAAUGGUGAGGAGCUGCCAGCGGGCUUGAUCUUUGAGGGCGAUUUGGUGGAGCUGGGCCUCCCUGGGGCUGAUGCGGCUCUCCCGGGGGAUGCUGGGACACGUUCUCUGAGGUUCUCGCUCUCUCCCGGGUGAGCUCGCGGGGUGCGGCCGCACCACGGGGACCAUGCCAGAGGUGCUCCUGCUCAGGUCUGCCAGCUCCAUCCUGAGGACCGUGUUCUUAAGCAGACUGCUGCCAGGUGGGCCUGGGUGUGUUCGCAAACUUAGUUUGAACCUGCAGUACCAGCAAGACGUAAGGCGGAAUGUGAGAAGCUCCCUGACUAAUGUGCAGACGCUCUCCGAAGAGUCCCUCAACCGUGCUCCCCAGCUCUCAUCCCCAGUGAAGGCGAAGGAUGCCCAGGUGGAGUCUCCAGAGGAGACACUGUGGACGACUCGGGCUGACGGGCGGGUGCGCCUGCGCAUGGACCCCAGCUUCGCACAGCCUCCCUACACCGUGCAUCAGAUGUUCUACAAUGCCCUGGACAAGUACAGGGACCUCAGCGCUCUGGGCUUCAAGCGCCAGGGCACGUGGGAGUACAUCUCCUAUUUCCAGUACUACCUGCUUGCCCGCAAAGCUGCCAAGGGCUUCCUGAAGCUCGGCCUGGAGCGGGCCCACAGCGUGGCCAUCCUCGGCUUCAACUCCCCGGAGUGGUUCUUCUCGGCGGUGGGCACAGUAUUUGCAGGUGGCAUUGUCACCGGCAUCUACACAACUAGCUCCCCUGAGGCCUGCCAGUACAUCGCCCAUGACUGCUGUGCCAACGUCAUCAUGGUCGACGAGCAGAAGCAGCUGGAAAAGAUCCUGAAGAUCUGGAAAAAUCUGCCACAUCUGAAGGCAGUAGUGAUAUAUCGAGAACCUCCUCCAAGGAAGAUGGCCAACGUGUACACGAUGGAGGAAUUCAUGGAGCUGGGGAAUGAGGUGCCCGAGGAGGCCCUGGACACCAUCAUUAAUGCCCAGCAGCCCAACGAGUGCUGCGUGCUGGUCUAUACAUCGGGCACCACUGGGAACCCCAAGGGCGUGAUGCUGAGUCAAGACAAUAUCACGUGGACAGCACGGUACGGCAGCCAGGCCGGUGACAUCCAGCCAGCGGAAGUCCAACAGGAGGUGGUGGUCAGCUACCUGCCCCUCAGCCACAUUGCUGCCCAGAUCUAUGACUUGUGGACAGGCAUCCAGUGGGGGGCCCAGGUCUGCUUUGCCGAGCCUGAUGCUCUGAAGGGGAGCCUGGUGAACACGCUGCGGGAGGUGGAGCCCACAUCCCACAUGGGGGUGCCUCGGGUGUGGGAGAAGAUCAUGGAGCGGAUCCAGGAGGUGGCAGCUCAGUCUGGCUUCAUCUGGCGCAAGAUGCUGCUGUGGGCCAUGUCGGUGACCUUGGAGCAGAACCUCACCUGCCCUUGGAGCGAUCUGAAGCCCUUCACAACCAGACUGGCAGAUUACCUGGUGCUAGCCAAGGUCCGCCAGGCACUGGGCUUUGCCAGGUGUCAGAAGAACUUCUAUGGAGCAGCCCCCAUGACCGCGGAGACCCAGCGCUUCUUCCUGGGCCUCAACAUCCGCUUAUAUGCAGGCUAUGGCCUCAGUGAGACCUCAGGCCCCCACUUCAUGUCCAGCCCCUACAACUACCGGCUCUACAGCUCCGGCAAGGUGGUGCCAGGCUGCCGAGUGAAGCUGCUGAACCAGGAUGCAGAGGGCAUCGGCGAGAUCUGCCUGUGGGGCCGCACCAUCUUCAUGGGCUACCUGAACAUGGAGGACAAGACGUGUGAGGCCAUAGAUGCCGAUGGCUGGCUACACACGGGCGACGCCGGACACCUGGAUGCCGACGGCUUCCUCUACAUCACCGGGCGUCUCAAAGAAUUAAUCAUCACAGCCGGUGGGGAGAAUGUUCCUCCUCUGCCCAUCGAGGAAGCCGUGAAGACAGAGCUGCCCAUCAUCAGCAACGCCAUGCUGAUCGGAGACCAGAGGAAGUUCCUGUCCAUGCUGCUCACCUUGAAGUGUACUCUGGACCCAGACACCUCUGACCCAACUGAUAAUCUGAGCGAACAAGCUGUGGAGUUCUGCCGGAGAGUGGGCAGCAAAGCUACCACUGUACCUGAGAUCGUGGGGAGGAAGGAUGAGGCCGUGUAUCAGGCCAUUGAAGAGGGGAUACAGAGGGUCAACAAGAAUGCAGCUGCCCGACCCUACUACAUCCAGAAGUGGGCCAUUCUCGAGAGGGACUUCUCCAUUUCAGGCGGAGAGUUGGGUCCCACAAUGAAACUGAAACGGCUCAUAGUUCUGGAGAAGUACAAAGAUAUCAUCGAUUCCUUUUACCAAGAGCAAAAAAAGUAACCAGGGGCUGUCCUUCCAGUUUCUACUGAAGGUGGCAGGUCUUCCGAAGUGUUUUCCUGAGUUCCAGGUCCUCUUCAGUCUGGGCGCACGGACUUCUGGCAAGUCUGUUAGGUCUCCGGGUCAGGAUACAGCAGUGAUGUCUACAUUUGCCAGGUCUUAUGCCAACAACAGCUGACAAUUCCGAGAAGCUUCACGUGUGCAUAGUUUAAUUCUGUUUAAGUAUUGCUCUUUGUUCAGGUGACAAGUGAGAUCGGCUCUCCUUUCAGAACUAAGGGCUGACAGUUUUUGGCCUUAGUUCCAGGUAGAUUUAACAGGCUGCUAGCUCAUGUAACAGGCUAGCCGGCGGCAGGCUGUGUGUUGGGGAGGGAGGAAGGGGAAGAUGGCUCCUAUUACUAGUGUGUGCUGCGGGGAAAGCCAACAAUUAUAACGUACCUAACGGCCUUACUCUGGCAUCUCGGUGGACGCUGCCGACCCUAUCGUUCCAUUACCAGACACUGCCACACCACACACACGCCAACUGACCUGAUGCCUAAUACAACUGCUGCUGCCCAUUUGAUUGUAUUUAAUGUGUAAUUCGAACAUUAAACUUUUUAACAGAACUGCCAA